AUUACAGCUGCUACAGUUGGUUUUUCAUUCAGAUGUCUCUGCAAUUUUUUUCUUGUAAGAUGUGUAAAGUGAUCAAAAUUGUGUAGUAAAUUUGCAAGAAUUUGGAUCAGUUAUAUCAUAACCGUUGCACGUAUUAUUUUGCAAUUGGAUAUAUGUAUUUUCAUGUGAUUCUGAAGCAACUCUUUCUCAUUUCAGUAUAAAAAAGAGAAAUAUUAACAAAGCGUCCUCUAGAUCAUUUAUAUUUCGUCCUGUCAAAUUUCUGUUCUGUGGUUAAAACAAAAUGAAGUGGUUUUCUGGAAGUAUAAAUGAAGCUGUUGCAACGUCAAAGUCUCGAAAAGCCAUUUUCGUGGUUUUCGUAGCUGGAUCUGAUGAAGCCUCCAUCGAAGCAACUAAAGUUAUUGACACACCAGAAAUAUCAUCGUCUUUAGAAAAAGAUGAUUUCGUGGCUAUUAAAUUGGAAAGUGGCUCUGAAUCUUAUCGAUUCUUUGCCCAGAUUUAUCAAUUAGUACCUGUACCGUCUUUAUUCUUUAUUGGCAGGAAUGGCAAGCCCUUAGAAAUUGUUGCUGGAAAUAUAACUACAUCAAAUCUCAUCAGUAAAAUUGAUAUUGUUUUAUCAAAAGCUAAAGAAAAUGGUACUUCAGAUGAUUUAAUUAAAGCUGAACAAAGUGCAGCUGUAGCUAGUAGUUCACAUUCUUCCACAAGUAAUGUCCCAACUAAUGAGGCUUCUACGGUCAAAACUUCACAAUUAAUUGAAAAUCAAUCAGCAAUUAAUGCUAGUCAAACUCAUACCGAAAAAAUAAAAGAAGAUUUAUCGUCCAAAGAAGCUUCGUCAUCUUUAAAUUCAGAAACUGUUCAAGUUGCUAGUGAAAAUAAUGACAAAAAAGAUUUAACACCAGAGGAAAAAGUAGAGCGGGCCAAGAAAUUAAUAGAGUUACAAAAACAACAAAAACUCGAACAAGAACGAGAAAAAGAAAAGCUCCAAGAAAAAGAAAGACGAGAAAUUGGUAAACAAAUGCAAAGUGCUCGACGUCAACAGCAAGAUUUAGAAAUGAAACUUGCUCAUGAAGAACGUAAGAAGGAAAAAGCUGCAGAACUCGAAGCGAGAGAAAGGAUUAGGCACCAAAUUGCUCAAGACAAAUUAGAACGCAAACAGCGAGAACAAGCAUUAUUACAACAAACAAUGCAACAACAACAGCAGCAGCAAAAUAAUCAACCACGUCCUAGUGGAUCUUCUGUUUUUCCCAAUGAUGGAAAUACAAGAAUUCAGUUCAGAUUACCGUCCGGAAAUCCUCAUACAGCAACAUUUGAAGCGACAAGUACACUUCGAGAAUUACGAGCUUAUGUAGUUGGUAAUAUUGAUUUACCAUUUCAAGAGUUCUCUUUAUCUAUGUCAUUUCCUCGAAGAGAUUUGAAUCAGGAGGAUGAUGAGAAAACAUUGCUUGAACUUCAGCUCGUCCCUAAUGCAGUUAUUCUUAUCUUACCUGUCAGAAAUAUUAAAUCUACGUCAGUUGUAGCAGCAGAAGACUCAAGCUUCUUAUCACGUUUCGUAUGGGCAUUAUUUGCUCCUAUUCUUACGGUCUACAAUUAUUUAAGCGGUCAAUUGUUUGGUACACAAACUAGAGACAGGAAUCAACAAAAUGAUUCUAACUCUUCAGAUGGUCCAUCCAUUAGAACUAGCAGAGUUUUUUCGAGUAACGAUAUGAGCCAGUCAACUGGAGUCGUUCGACGAAAUAUAGGAGGAUCAAGUGUGUCUGUUAGGGGACUCCGUAAUGUGCAUAGGCUUCAUUCGGGUGGAGAUGAUAAUGAUGAGAAUAAUACGUGGAACGGAAAUUCAACUCAGCAAAUGUGAAUAAUCAUAUUAAAUGUUAUUAUUUCAACCACGAUUUAAUUGUUAAAUACUACCACCAUUGUAUUUAAAUAACUGGACCAAUCGAUAUUGCAAUGCGUUCAAUAAUACAUCUUACACAUUAUUUAAACUUGAGAAUAAAUAAUGAUAAUCAUUACAGUGAUAACGACUAUUAUGAAAUAUAAUAAAUAUGCACUAUGUAGUGAUAA